AGGCUCCUACUGCCCGGCCGGCACCGGCCGGGUCUCCGCUCCUCUAGCGCCCCCCUGGGGGAGAGUCGCAGUCGCCUGUCGCCGCCCACGUCACUGCCUUCUUCUCUACCAGCCUCUCGUUCCCCGCUCGGCCCCGACCGCCCGGCCGAGUGGCUGGGCGGGUGGGCAGAGGUAAAGCGUCCUGAGCCCGGUCCGUUGGUGGCGGCAUCCCUGCUACCGCCCAGAUGCUGCGCAGGGCUGAGCCCCCAGAUGGGGGCUGGGGGUGGGUGGUGGUGCUCUCAGCCUUCUUCCAGUCGGCGCUGGUGUUCGGGGUGCUCCGCUCCUUCGGCGUCUUCUUCGUGGAGUUUGUGGCGGCGUUUGAGGAGCAGGCGGCGCGCGUCUCCUGGAUCGCCUCCAUAGGAAUCGCGGUACAGCAGUUUGGGAGCCCAGUGGGCAGUGCCCUGAGCACGAAGUUCGGGCCCAGGCCCGUGGUGAUGACUGGGGGCUUCUUGGCUGCACUGGGGAUGCUGCUCGCCUCCUUUGCUACCUCCUUGAAUCACCUCUACCUGAGUAUUGGGCUGCUCUCAGGCUCUGGCUGGGCCUUGACCUUCACUCCGACCCUGGCCUGCCUGUCCCGUUACUUCUCUCGCCGUCGAUCUCUAGCCAUGGGCCUGGCACUGACAGGCGUGGGCCUCUCCUCCUUCGCCUUUGCCCCCCUCUUCCAGUGGCUGCUCAGCCACUAUGCCUGGCGGGGGGCCCUAUUGCUGGUAUCUGCCCUCUCCCUCCACCUGCUGGCCUGUGGUGCUCUCCUCCGCCCCCUCUCCCUGGCUGAGGACCCUGCUGUCGGUGGCCCUAGAUCCCAGCUUGCCUCCCUCCUCCAUCAUGGCCCCUUCCUGCGCUAUACUGUUGCCCUCACCCUGAUCAACACUGGCUACUUCAUUCCCUAUGUCCACCUGGUGGCCCAUCUCCAGGACCUGAAUUGGGACCCACUGCCUGCUGCCUUUCUACUCUCAGUGGCUGCUAUUUCUGACCUUGUGGGGCGUGUAGCCUCCGGGUGGCUGGGAGAUGCAAUUCCAGGGCCCGUGUCACGACUCCUGAUGUUCUGGACCACCCUGACUGGGGUGUCACUGGUCCUGUUCCCCGUGGCUCGGGCUCCCACAGCCCUGGUGGCUCUGGCUGUGGCCUACGGCUUCACAUCAGGGGCCCUGACCCCAGUGGCUUUCUCCGUACUGCCUGAACUGGUGGGGACUGGAAGGAUAUACUUCGGCCUAGGAUUGGUGCAGAUGGUAGAGAGCAUCGGGGGGCUGCUGGGGGCUCCUCUGUCAGGUUACCUCCGGGAUGUGACAGGCAACUACACAGCUUCUUUUGUGGUGGCUGGGGCCUUCCUCCUUGCAGGGAGUGGAGUUCUCAUCACCCUGCCUGGCUUCUUCUGCUUCUCACCACCUACCUCAAAGCCCCAAAAUCUCGUAACAGAGGCCCUGGAUGCCAAAGUUCCUCUGCCCAGGGAGGGUAUGGCAGAGGGUUGAACUCCAAGGAGGGGCAGUCAGACCCAGAAAGCCUGAAUUGCAGGUCUUCUCCUCCUGGCCCAUCUUGGCCCCCAUGGAACCACAGUGCCUUAAGCCUCUUGCUCUGCUUCCCCCAGAGCAGGCGUGGGGUGCCUGCAUAUGUGUGCCAACCUUUUGUAUUUUGUUAAGGACUCUUUCUCUUUUUCUUGGCUUCACCAACGUUUUCUGAAGAAUCCAGAGCUCAGCCUACCCCACUGAGUUGUGAAUCAACUGUGGAAAUCAAAGGCCAAGAGGCUUAUCAUGUUUUAUCUUUAGUGUUGCUUCUAAGCUUCUUCUCUGAAGACAAAGAUGUUUGGGAAAUAGGAAUGUCCCUUUGAAAUAAAACUGGUGAGAAAACUGGAUAACAAUCAGAACGUCAAGCAGA